CUCCCUGGCCAUGGAAAGGAGAUCCGGACCAGCGGACGCCAGGAGCUCGGCUCCCGCUUUUUGGAUCGCGGUGUAGACACCUGAGUUAACCGUCCCUAAGCGGGGGAGGGGAAGUGACAGUGGAUAAUGUAUACCACUGAUUCCAGGGGACACGCCCCUGCUUUCCUGCAGCCUCAGAAUGGAAGCAGCCACCGCUCAUCUGGCUAUGUUCCAGGGAAGGUUGUCCCACUGCGUCCCCCUCCUCCUCCAAAGAGCCAAGCUUCAGCCAAAUUUACCUCCAUCAGACAGGAAGCCCGGGCUACCUUUGCUUUUUCAUCUGAAGAACAGCAAACCCAGAGAGAAAGCCAAAAGCAGAGAAGGCACAAAAAUACUUUCAUUUGCUUUGCUAUUACUAGUUUCUUAUUUUUUGUUGCACUUGCAGUCAUUUUAGGAAUAUCCUCCAGAUAUGCUCCAGAUGAGAAUUGCCCAGAUCAAAACCCCCGUCUCAGGAACUGGGAUCCAGGACAAGAUCCUGCAAAGCAAGUUGUUAUUAAGGAAGGAGAUAUGUUCCGUCUGACCUCGGAUGCCACAGUGGAUUCUUUAGUCAUUCAAGAUGGAGGACUGCUUGUGUUUGGGGAUGAUAAGGAUGGAUUCAGAAAUAUUACUUUGAGAACUCGUUACAUCCUGAUCAAGGAUGGUGGGGCGCUUCAUAUUGGAGCAGAAAAAUGCCGCUAUAAAUCCAAAGCGACAAUUGCCUUGUAUGGCAAAUCAGAUGAAGGUGAAAAUAUGCCAAUAUUUGGCAAAAAAUUUAUUGGUGUGGAGGCUGGAGGGACACUGGAGCUCCAUGGGGCACAGAAGACAUCCUGGACAUUGCUGGCGAGAACUCUGCAUUCCUCAGGCUUGACCUUUGGGUCCUAUGCUUUUGAAAAGGACUUUUCCAGGGGUCUUAAUGUGAGGGUCAUUGAUCAAGACACAGCCAAAGUUUUGGAAAGUGUGAAGUUCGAUACCCAUGAAUACCACAAUGAGAGCAGACGACUACAGGAAUUUCUGAGGGUUCAGGAUCCAGGACGAAUUGUUGCUAUAGCUGUUGGAGAUUCAGCAGCCAAAAGCCUCUUACAAGGAACCAUACAAAUGAUCCAGGACCGCUUAGGAAGCAAGCUGAUCCAAGGCCUGGGCUACAGGCAAGCUUGGGCUUUGGUUGGUGUCAUUGAUGGUGGAACUGCUUCUUGCAAUGAAUCUGUGAGAAACUAUGAAAAUCAUAGUAGUGGAGGGAAGGCUCUUGCCCAAAGAGAGUUUUAUACUGUGGAGGGUCAGAAGUUCGCUGUGACAGCUUACAGUGAAUGGAUUGAAGGAGUUUCUCUUUCAGGUUUUCGAGUAGAGGUCGUAGAUGGAGUGAAACUUCAUCUGUUGGAUGAUGUGAGUAGCUGGAAGGCUGGAGACCAGAUUGUGGUUGCAAGCACAGACUAUUCCAUGUACCAAGCGGAAGAGUUCACCCUUCUUCCCUGUCCCGAAUGCAGUCGCUUCCAGGUCAAGGUCAAAGAAACUCCUCAAUUCCUGCACAUGGGUGAGAUCAUUGAUGGUGUCGACAUGAGAGCUGAGGUUGGAAUUCUUACCCGAAAUGUUCUGAUCCGAGGAGAAAUGGAAGAUUCAUGCUAUGCUGGAAACCAGUGCCAAUUCUUUGAUUAUGAUACCUUUGGGGGACAUGUCAUGAUAAGGAAAAAUUUUACCUCAGUCCAUCUGUCUUAUGUAGAGUUGAAACAUAUGGGUCAGCAGCGCUUGGGACGCUAUCCUGUUCACUUUCACCUGUGUGGAGAUGUGGAUUAUAAAGGAGGGUACAGGCUCGGGACCUUUGUGGACGGCUUGUCCAUUCAUCACAGUUUCUCUAGGUGCAUCACUGUGCAUGGGACCAACGGCUUGCUGAUAAAAGACACUAUUGGAUUUGACACACUAGGUCAUUGUUUCUUUUUGGAGGAUGGCAUUGAACAGAGAAAUACUUUGUUUCACAAUCUGGGACUUCUCACCAAGCCAGGCACCCUCCUCCCUACUGACAGGAAUAACUCCAUGUGUAUUGCCAUGCGAGAAAAAGUGUUCGGAAAUUACAUUCCUGUGCCUUCCACAGACUGUAUGGCUGUUUCAACUUUCUGGAUUGCUCAUCCAAACAAUAAUCUGAUUAAUAAUGCAGCAGCAGGGUCACAGGAUGCUGGGAUAUGGUAUCUAUUCCACAAGGAGCCUACUGGGGAGUCCAGUGGAUUGCAGCUCUUAGCGAAACCUGAACUUACUCCUUUGGGUGUAUUUUAUAACAACAGGGUCCAUUCAAAUUUUAAGGCUGGGCUAUUUAUUGACAAAGGUGUAAAAACAAGCAACGCCAGUGCUGUUGACCCAAGGGAAUACCUAUGUUUGGAUAACAGCGCAAGGUUUCGACCUCAUCAGGAUGCAGACCCCGAAAAGCCACGUGUUGCUGCUUUAAUUGACAGGCUUAUUGCUUUCAAAAACAAUGACAACGGAGCUUGGGUCAGAGGAGGGGAUGUCAUUGUUCAGAAUUCAGCAUUUUCAGAUAAUGGAAUAGGAUUGACCUUCGCCAGUGAUGGAAGCUUUCCCAGUGACGAAGGGUCCAGCCAGGAGGUCUCUGAAUCCCUUUUUGUUGGGGAGAGCAAGAAUUAUGGCUUUCAGGGUGGCCAGAACAAGUACGUAGGCACUGGAGGAAUAGACCAGAAGCCUCGGACGUUACCCAGGAACAGGACAUUCCCAAUUAGAGGCUUUCAGAUAUACGAUGGGCCCAUUCAUCUCAGCAGGUGCACUUUCAAAAAAUAUGUGCCAACGCCAGAUAGGUAUACCAGUGCCAUUGGCUUCCUCAUGAAGAAUCCCUGGCAGAUAACCCCCAGGAAUAACAUCUCCCUUGUGAAGUUUGGUCCACAGGUCUCUCUGAAUGUCUUCUUUGGAAAGCCUGGCCCCUGGUUUGAAGAUUGUGAGCUGGAUGGUGAUAAAAACUCCAUAUUCCAUGACGUUGAUGGGUCUGUCACAGGAUACAAGGAUGCUUAUGUGGGAAGAAUUGACAACUACCUGAUCCGCCAUCCAAGCUGCAUGAACAUGACCAAAUGGAACGCAGUCAUCUGUAGCGGAAACUAUGCCCAGGUCUACGUGCAGACCUGGAGCACUCAGAAUCUCUCUAUGACCAUCACACGAGACGAGUAUCCAUCCUACCCCAUGGUGCUCCGGGGCAUUAAUCAGAAGGCUACCUUCCCACAGUACCAGCCUGUGAUCAUGCUGGAGAAGGGCUACACUAUCCACUGGAAUGGCCCAGCACCACGGACUGCUUUUCUAUACCUCAUAAACUUCAAUAAGAAUGAUUGGAUUCGUGUUGGCCUCUGCUAUCCAUCCAACACAAUUUUUCAGGUGACCUUUGGAUUUCUGCAGCGACAGAAUGGCUCGUUAUCCAGAACAGAAGACUAUGAGCUGGUGAACUCACUAGAAGAGCUACAGAAGAAACAGUCUGAGAGGAAAUUCUAUUUUGACACCAACACAGGGUUGCUGUUUUUGUAUCUCAAAGCCGAGGGCCACAGGGAUGGCCACAGUUACUGUUCAUCUCAGGGAUGCGAAAGAGUCAAGAUCCAGGCAACAACCGACUCAAAAGACGUCAGUAACUGCAUGGCCAGAGCAUAUCCCCAGUACUACAGAAAGCCCUCUGUGCUCAAGGCAACGCCUUCCGUGCUCAAGGGGCCCUGUCAAGGUUGUGGGACCCGUCAGGUGGUGUUUACUAGUGAUCCUCAUAGAAUCUACCUCCCCGUGCAGUUCCAGUCACCCAGUAAAGCAGAGACUCAGCGAGGGGACCCUUCUGUUAUCUCUGUCAAUGGCACUGACUUCACCUUCCGAAGUGCAGGUGUCCUGCUCCUUACUGUGGAUGCCUGCACUGUUCCCUUCCGGCUGGUGGAGAAAAAGUCUUUCUCUCUCGCUGAAGUCAGUCGCAUGGACGAAUACUUAAAAACAGGCAUCUCUCCAAGGUCAAUUGUACUGUUGAGCACAAGAGGAGAAAUAAAGCAGUUAAAUAUUUCAGAUUCAUUAGUAUCUCUGGGAUUAGCCAAGCCGACUUAUCUUUAUAACAAAGGGAGUACCAUAUUUUUGGGAUUCAGUGGAAACUUUAAACCAUCAUGGACUAAGCUAGUGACCAGUCCUGCUGGCCAGGGCCUUGGGCUGCGCGAACACUUCAUCCCUUUGCAGCUGGGUGAAUACGGCUGCCACAGAGCCGGCACUGUCCGCAGGCAAGACUUGGAACUGCUAAAGAAAACUUCAAAAGCACAUUAGAGACUAACUGUAACUUAAGUGCUGGGUGAAAAAAUGUGAACUAACUUAUUUAAUUUAUGGCAUUUUAAAAUUACACUGUUAACCCAACGGAACCAUUUUCCUAUUUGAUACCGAAAGGGGAGAAAAGAGAAUUUAAAGUGAUUGCUUGAAUACCAGCUCACGCACCUUCUAGUUGUACAAAAUGUUCAAAGAGUUUAUUUGUAUUUGUUAGGCUGGUAGAGUCAGAGCAGUUCUUUUACUCCUCACCUUCUAUCCAGUGUUUUCUCGUGACCGUGAGCAGUGAUUUAGCUUUUGUAUCAUGGAUGAU